AUGUCUCAUAUACAAGGAAUAAGAAAUUUAAAGGAGCUAUACAAUUACAAGUACUCAGAUAAAUUAGAAGAAGGCAUAAAUAUGAAUUAAAAUAACUUAAUAGGAGGAAGUAGUGCUAAUGGAAGCGGAUUUAAUUCUGCUAUUGGCUCUGCUCGUGUUAAAUUUCCAGCCUUCUCUGCUACUCAUAACAAGAAUAAAUUUAUGAUAGCCAAUUCAGCAAAUGUUUCUUAAAAGAAAUCUUUAAACUCCUCCAAGCCUAACUCAAGGAAUGGUAGUAUAUUUAUUGAAAAUGCAGCAUCAUCCAGCAGUAAUAACCCAAAUAGUAAUUUAAACUUAAGCGGAACAAACACAAACAUGAUAAAUAGUUUAAUGGUUAGUAAUAAUUCUAACGUUAAUAAUGGUAGCAAUAGUGUAAACAUUCCUAACGUGAAUAAUCUCAUGCAGAAUAUUAAUUCAAAUAUAAAUAACUAAAAUAAUAGUAGUUUGAAUGCAACAAACAUAAGCAGCUAUCUUAGCAAUACUACUUCAGUUAUCAAUCCUUACAGCUAUGGAAAUAGUUAGCCUGUCAACAAAAAUUCCCAACCUGAAAAACCAAAAGUAAUCUCCUUGCAUUUAUCAUAAUAAUAACAGUAAUCCUAACAAAUAUCUCAUAAUAACUCUCAUAUUGCUGGAGGAAAUCACUCAAAUUACCACUCUCCAGUUCCUUCUCCUCAUCACAUGUCUCAUUCUUAAUAUCUAGCUAGCAGAUCAUCUCGUAGAGAGUAUAAUAAUUCUAUGUACCAGCCUUCAACUUCUCUGCAAAUUUAAGGAGGAUAAUAAUAAGGAUAGACUUAAGGUUAUUCAUAGCAAUAAUAGCAAUAAUUGUAAAUUUAUUAAUAGUAGUAAUUAUAGCUUCACUUAUAGUAAUAGCAGCAACAGCUCUAGUAGUAGUAAUAGUAAUCUUACUAUCAUCCUCAUAGUAGCAGCAGCGCUCCAUAUGGAAAUUCUUCUGGUGGAGCUGGUUCUAUUGGUGGAUACAAUGCAAGCGGAAUGCCUAAUAAUCAUCACCACUCUUACAGUAGAAAUAAUUCAAGGAAUGACAAAUCUAUGGAUAGAAUAGACUCUCAUAGACCUGAAUCACAUAGAGACCGUUCGACAAGCAAAUCUAACCAAUAAUAUCCACCUUAACCUCCUGCUCAAUCCUAUCGCCAAUAAUAAGAGCAACAACUACUUGAGAAAUAUAAAGGGACACCAUUUAUGAAUCACAUAUUCCUUAAUAAUUUCUAGACAAAUGAUCAAAUGCCUGCUAAAAGCGUUUCUAAAAACUCAUCAAGAGGAGUCGAAUCCCGAAAUGAAUCGCGCUAAAACGAAAGAUAAGAACCCUCCCCUAUGAGAAUUUAAAAUUCACUUGACAUGAAAGAUCCAUACUACUUUGGUACGAUGAGCAGAAAUAUGUUUAAUUUUCACUAUGUAAUUGGUAAAGGAGGAUUCGGCAAAGUGUGGAAAGUUGAUAGUAAAAAAACUAAGAAAGUUUACGCGAUGAAAGAAAUGUCAAAAUCAAAGAUUAUAACUAAAAGAAGUGUAAAUUCUGUUAUGAGUGAAAGAUAAUUGCUUAGCUAAUUAAAAAACCCAUUUUUAGUUAACAUGAACUUUGCCUUCUAAGAUAGAGAAAAUUUAUAUCUAGUCAUGGAUUUGUUAACAGGAGGAGACUUAAGAUUCCACAUAGGAAAACAUAGAAGAUUUUCUGAAGUAUAGACAAGGUUUUUCAUUGCCUGCAUCAUGAUGUGCCUAGAAUAUCUUCAUUUAAAUAAUAUAAUUCACAGAGAUAUAAAGCCUGAGAAUUUAGUUAUGGAUGAUUCGGGUUACUUAAGAGUGACAGAUUUAGGUAUUGCCCGUGUUUGGAAACCAGAAAAUUCUUAAGAUACCUCAGGAACUCCAGGAUAUAUGGCACCAGAAGUAAUGUGCAGAUAAAAUCACGGCAUAGCUGUUGAUUAUUUUGCUGUGGGUGUUAUUGGAUAUGAAUUCAUGAUGGGAAGAAGACCAUAUCUUGGCAGAAGCCGUAAAGAGAUUAGAGAUUAAAUUCUUGCUAAGCAAGUUCAAAUAAAGAAACAUGAAAUUCCUGAUGGGUGGUCUAUUGAGGCUGCUGAUUUCAUCAAUAGAAUGAUUCAAAGAAAGCCUAUGAACAGACUUGGUAUAAAUGGUCCUGAAGAAGUAAAAAAUCAUCCAUGGUUAAGAAAUUUCCCAUGGUAAAAAUUGUAAAAUAAAGAAUUAGAAUCACCCUUUGUACCUUAAUCUAUAGAAGAUAAUUAUGAUUAUCGCUAAUAAAUUUCACUUGAUGAUAGAGAUACAAAUGAAGAUCUAAAUUAAUAAAAUGGUUUACUACUUAGAAGAAAUUCUGUUUAAAGUAAUAUUUAUUUUGUAACAUUAUAAUUAAUUAAAUACGCGAAUAACUAAAAAUAGAUUUAUUUGCUGGUUACAACUAUGAUGGAACUUAAUCAGCUAAAAGAUAAAGUAGUAAUGGUAGUAGAACAGGUUCUACAGCAGCAACUCACAAUACAUACAACACUCAUUCUGACCGUAGUAAUUCGUAGCUAUAGUAAUAUUUAAAUAGUAACACAACUAACACUAAUAAUAACUCAAAUAUAAAUUCAAGUAGAGUUGUUAUGCAAAAUCCUUCAAGAUAGCUAGAUGAUUGAGUUAUUUUCUGAAUUAUUUAUAAUAAAUUAAUCAUAAAAACUCAUUAAAAAUUAAUUUGAAAUGCUUAAAAACUAAUUCAAGCUGUUUAAAUAAGUAAAUAAUAAUACAUAGGUUAAAUAAUAAUUAACAUCACUAAAUAUUUUUUAUUUAAUAAUUCAAAACUUUAAAAGUUAGCUUUGA